AUGCCAAUUUCAUCAAAGGAUGAUGAUCACCAUCAUCAUCACGGAGAAGACUCCAACCAUGCUUAUCCAUUUGAUCAGGAUUACCGAGAUGAAAAUCAUCAUCAUCACCACUAUCAAACUCAUAACAAUGUAAAAAUUGAUGAGAACGAUGAUUAUUCCGGAACAGUAAAUCCAAUCCAUGAAACUGUUAUUCCAUCUGUUGAAAGUACUGAUCCUGUUAAGGCUGAAGCAGUUAUUGCCGAUUUUUCUCCUCCUUCUCCUCAACAACGAUCCUUAUUAAGAAAAAUAUUUAUUUUCAUUGAUUACCCAAUUUCUACUUGGUUCAUCAUGAUACAAGAGUUAUGCGAGAGAUUUGCUUUUUACGGAUUUAAGACCAUCUUGUCUUUAUAUUUAUUGAAUUUUAUGGGUUAUAGUGAAGACGUAUCAACGACUAUUAUUCAUACUUUCAUCUUUUUUGCUUAUUUCACGCCGUUACUCGGAGGCUUUGUUGCUGAUGCAUUGAUUGGAAAAUAUUGGACCAUUCUAAUUUUUAGUUUGAUUUAUUGUGCUGGCCAGAUUAUUGUGUGUGUGACCGCCAUUGAGGGAGUCACUGGAAUUCCUCCUCAAGGGUGGGGAAUUGGUUUGGGCUUGUUUUUGGUUGGAUUAGGAACAGGUGCUAUCAAGUCAAACGUUUCAACAUUUGGUGGUGACCAAUUUAGAGAAGAUCAAGAAGAAUUAAUUUCCUCCUUCUUUGCCAUCUUUUAUUUUUCUAUUAAUCUUGGAAGUACAGUAAGCUCAUUUGUGACACCAAUUAUUCGAACAGAAUUUAAUUAUGCUGUUGCUUUUGGAGUACCAGCAGUGUUAUUGAUUAUUGCAACUAUAGUUUUCUCUAUUGGAAAAUGUUGGUACAGGACCACAAAACCAACUGGACUUGUGAAAAAUCCAAUUUUAAAAUUUCUCCAUGUUUUGUUUGUAGCACUGUUUCGUAGAGGUGGAGGAAAUGAUGAAAGCUCUCCAAUCCGAAGAGAUGAAUCUGUUGCAUCAUCAUUAGGUUCAAGUCCAAGUAAUAAUCAAUUAGAAUUUACUUCUGAAAAUGCUACUACUUCAACAACAACUCAACAAGAAGAUGAAGAUGAAAGGCAUUGGAUUGAUCGAGCACGUUCGAGAUUUUCACAUAAGGAAGUUUAUGAUGCCAAGUGUGUUUGGAGAGUUUGCAUUACACUACUUCCAAUUACUGUUUUUUGGAGCUUGUUUGAUCAACACUCUUCAAGAUUUGUGUACCAGGCAGAAAUGAUGAAUAGAAAAAUUGGAAGUUUUGAAUUGGGAAGCGACCAAAUUACCACACUCAAUCCGAUUUUGGUGAUUGGUUUAGUGAUUGUGUUCGAUCGAUUUGUGUAUAAGGGUAUUAAUUUCUUCUAUACAUUAACACCUCUAAGAAAAAUAGGUUUAGGAAUGAUCAUUGCAUCCUUCUCAUUUAUUUGUGCAGGUAUUUUAGAGGUAUUCGUUCAAAUGUAUCCACACAAGGUUCAUGUCGCAUGGCAAAUUCCUCAAUAUGUAUUCUUGAGCAUUGGUGAAAUUUUUGUUUCUGUCACAGGACUUGCUUUUGCUUAUCAAGAAUCACCAAAAGAAAUGAAAUCUCUCAUGCAGGCUUACUACUUGCUGACUGUAUCCGUUGGAAAUGUUAUUGUGGUGAUUGUUGCCAGUAUUCCUAUAGAAAAAACUCCAAUGAAACAAGUUUACGAGUUCUUGUUCUUUGCCUUACUUAUGCUUGGAGGAUUAGUUUUUCAUUUGGUGAUGGCCAACAUGUACAAAUAUAGAGCAAAGAUAGGUGUUGGAACAAAGCUUGAGAAUGAAACAAAGGAAAAAGCCAUCUCCACUGCGACGGUAAAAUAUCAAGCAGACCAGACAGAGGCAUAA